AUGGCGGACACCACCAGCACGAGCAGCAGCAGCACCUCUGCUCGCGUCGUCGACUCAGACCGCGUCUGGACAACGCUCAUCACGAACCUCGACUACCUCCCCGGCCUCCUCACCCUCGCCCACUCCCUCGUCCGCGUCCGCUCCGCCUACCCGCUCGUCGCCCUCUACACCGACUCGCUGCCCGCCGCGGGCCUCGCCGCCCUGAAGGCCCGCCACAUCCCCGCCCGCCGCAUCCCCUACCUGCUGCCCGCCGCCUCAAAGGACUACUCCAACGACCCGCGCUUCUACGACUGCUGGAGCAAGCUCGCUCCCUUUUCCCUCACAGAGUAUGCCCGCGUCGUCCAGCUCGACUCGGACAUGCUGGUCCUGCGCAACAUGGACGAGCUCAUGGCCCUGCCCCUCGACGACCCCGCUCUGAGCGAGACGGGCGAUGCCUCGACUAGUCGGCGCGUCUUUGCCGCCGGGCACGCCUGCGUCUGCAACCCGCUCAAGAAGCCGCAUUAUCCCGCAGAUUGGGUCCCCGAAAACUGCGCCUUCACCUCGCAGCACGCCCGCCCCGACGACGCUCACGCCGUCGCCCCGGACCCGGCCGUUGCGCCCCUCGGCUUCAUGAACGGCGGCCUGCAGAUCGUCAACCCUUCCGCCGUCCUCUACCGCCAGAUCCUCGCCCACAUGGAGGCUGACGCUGCCAACAUGGACUUUGCCGAUCAGUCCCUUCUCUCCGACCUCUACCGCGGCCGCUGGGUGCCCCUGCCCUACGUCUACAACGCCCUCAAGACUCUGCGCUGGCCCGGCGUCCAUGACGCAAUCUGGCGCGACGAGCACGUCAAAAACCUGCACUACAUCCUGAGCCCCAAGCCCUGGGACGAGCUCGACGACCAGGGCCAGUGGACCGGCACCGACCCUACGCACCAAUGGUGGGUAGACAUGAACCGCGACAGGAAAAAAGCAGAGCGGGACCGAGGCAUUCCCGACGAUGGCUUCUAG